CUUGGUUAUACUUUUUUAGCAUGCUCCCCCUUUAGAACUCAACGUACAAUGUGAAGAGUUUACAAAGCUAAGAGCAACGAAUGAUUUUAAAAUGAAUAAACUUCUAUCAUCUUUUGCUGCAAGAGUUAUCUUUGUGUCAGCGUUGCUGAUGCUAAACUUGCUUUAUUGGGUGCGUCUGGACACGCCACGUAAGGACAUCGGGCAACCGCUGGUAGUAAAAAUGAGCAGAGAUUUCAAGUCAUCUUUCAUUCAGCCAGAGAAGAUUGAAGGAUCUCGUCAGAAAUUGAUUUAUCUAACUCGUAUAAUAAGCAACGAUUUGCCACCAAUGCAUUUUGAGGACCAAACUUACCUAAACACGAAGGCCAUUUUGAAUCAUGAGCCGUUGCCUUCAAACUUCAGACGCUUCUGGGUGAUCUACUGCGUGAUGAACAAAACCACUGAAUUGCGGUUGGAGAAAUUGAUCCAGUCAAAACAGGAGAAGUAUCACAUUGUCCCCUUUUCAAGUUCGAAAGACGUUGCAGCAGUGAUAAAGGAGACUUUGAACAAUGACAGGGCCAGAAAUAUUGGAGUGCAGAUGAGCUUCGACGAUGGGGCAGAGUGGGUCCACAGUCUUGACGGUUGUCAGUUUCUAACCGGGGAAAGUAUUUCCAACUUGGAUCGAGCUUUGAACAGCUUGAAGGACACCCAAAUUUUCCACUUUGUUCCGCUGGUGCGACUUUGGUACAAAAUCAACGUUACGGAGGCGCUUGAUUACCAAACACUUUUUCCUUUCGUUUCGGGUCUGGAGGAGGCAACGGUCGUGGUGAACAAAAAGUUUUUGGAGCAGAGACCCAAAAUCGGUUUUAUCAAAGAAACGAAAGGGUUGAUUUACGACGAAGACCGCACCUAUGCACAAGCCGAGAAGCUAACGUUCUUACAAAAUGCCAAAAGGAAUCUAAACUCUACCUACAUCAGCUGUCUGCAGGUUGUUUAUUCUUUCAUUUUCUUCUUGCGCUUCAAAAUUCCACUUCAAGAGAUGGCAGUGUUCGCAAAAGACGGAAUAGAGAUCCGAUGGUUGCGGGACAAACCAGAACUAGUGGAACCAUAG